GUCUGCCUUCAGGGGAAACGCUGUCUGCAGGCUACUCAGCCAACAGCAAGACCACCACCAGGGAGCCAGCCAGCAGCUGCACAAUCAUGCCUGGCACCACCGCAGGCAAGAAGCUCGAUCUGUCCAAGCUGACGGAUGACGAGGCCAAGCAUGUGUGGGAGGUCGUCCUGAGAGAUUUCAACCUGAGGAAGAAGGAGGAGGACAGGCUUGGGGAGCUAAAGACAAAGAUUGCGAGAGAAGACAGCAAGAGAGAGCUGCUGGGAAACGAGACCAGCCUGACCGAGUCUCACUGCAUUCGUUGUCUCCAGCCCUUCAAGUUCCUGGUCAACAGCAAGCGUCAGUGUCUGGACUGCCAGCUCUACGUCUGCAAGUCCUGCAGCCGCUACAACAAGAAGGAGCACGGCUGGGUGUGCGAUCCCUGUCGCAUGGCCAGGGUCUUCAAGAUUGGCACUUUGGAGUGGUUCCACGAGAACGUCCGCACCCGCUUCAAGCGCUUCGGCAGCGCCAAGGUGAUGCGGUCGCUCUUCAAGAGGCUGAACGGAGAACACAGAUGCUCUCAGAGUGAUCUUGGAGAGCCCCAUGAAUACGACACACAGAGCAUGCCUGAGGUCCACACAGAUGGAUAUGAAGAGAACAGUAUGGACGCAACAGACUCACACCAAUACAAAGAGAUGAAAAAGACCAAAAGGCGGUUAACUGUCGAUCCCGUUGAUUUCGAACUGGGCGGUGAUCACUCCGGCAAAUCAAGAGGACGGUCGGAUCAGCGCCGUGGCGACCACGACAUCGUGGCCAUGGAUGUAGCUGCGAGGGAGUCAAUGCUUGCUGAGGGAGAUAUUGCCUCCGUUUUACACCACAUUUUGGAUGAGCAGCGCAAAGGUCUGGACCUGGAAAUGGCUCCACAAGCAGAUGACCUUGUGUACCUGGAGAACCGGACCAACCCGUCCCGCUCCAUCUCCCAGCUCAGCUACUCCUCGUGUGGCAGCGGCAGCGCCGGAGGCCCUCGAAACAGCACCUUUCUGCCCGGCCCCGACGACUCCGAGGAAGAGGACCACCUGUGCCAGCAGUACCCGCUCUACCAGUCUCACCCCAGCACCUACAGCCACACCUCUCAGGAGAGCCUGAACUCAGCGAUCCCACCAGCACAGAUCACUGACAUUAACAGACGCAUGUCUGCCAUCGAAACAUUUCUGAACCGCCUUGAAGAGAGGGUCAGCACAGCAUACGACCAGGCUCCUCCAACUCCAAACAGCUCCUCUCCUCCUCCUCAGUGGGAAGAAGUGGAUCUAGAAGAGCAGCAGCUUAGACGGAAGCUUCACGAGAUGACGGACAACAUCAGCGACCACAGUCUGUCCUCUGACGAGGACGAGUCCAGCAGGCCAGAGUCCUUCCAAGAGAUUCCAGCGUGGAGGAGCCUACAGGGGGAUCCCAAGCCCUCCAGACUCCCAACCAGACCCGCAGCCACAGCAAACCAUGUGGCCUCCACCCCCGAGGAGGAGCAGCCUCAGCAGACCGACUCUCAGAAGACAAACCAUUUAUCAGAAAGUCCUGAGAGGCAGGAGCACCCCCUGGAGGACGGGUCAAGGGCAAGCUUCAGAGGUUCAACGGCCCUACUCAGCGAGCUGGAGGGCAAGAUCGCUCAAGCGGCCGCCAACGUCCAGAACGCCCAGAGUGAGGUCUCUUACAUCGAGAACAGGAUUGCUGCCCUGAACGCUGCUGGCAUGCCCGUGGAUAAAAGACGGAGGUCUGCAAUCCCAAUCCAAGCCAGAAGACUUUCUCACAACUUUCCCACAAACCAGGUCGACAGGUUUGUGAGGAACUCCCUCUACAGGGGCUCCCUGACACAGAGGAAUCCAGUGGCAAAGCCAAAGACCAGGGCUACCAGUGCGAAACCAGUCAUGACACAAGGCUCAUGAGGAGGAGGCUGAGUCUUAUGUGACUCAUCAGUUUUUCUUGUGGCCACUUUUGUUGUUUCAUGCAGUUUGUAACACACUGGAACCUACAGUCGUCCUCAAAUGUAUUCAUACCCUUCCAUUAAA